GAUUGGCUGUCUUUAGCGUCUGUCAGCAUUUACUCCUCUUAAAAAAUCUCAAUGUAAAAAAGGCAAUCAUCCUCAGAUAUGUCUGAAGUUUUUGUCUCUGGAAAAUUUUUAUAUUUUUCCUUAAGCAAUUAAUGAUAAGCCACAUGCGUUCAGAUAAACUCAAAUGUUUUGGUUUGUGUCGCUUUGUAUUUGUUGCGCAGUAAAGCGACACCCACGGAAGUGACCGCGGUCGGAAGAAUUGACGACGUAUUUUGGCAUGACGCAAUGUCUCGGCGCCUGGCAACACGAACUGAGUGAUUCAUUCUAAAGUUGAGCCAUGGCUCAACUUAGCUUAAAUAGCGUUUUAAUAUAAAGUAGACAUGUCUCUAAAUAGGUAAAACGUCAGUUUUUUUGUUUUAUACUAAUAUUCCUGUUUAUUUUAUAUAACCUCACAACAAUGAAGUUGCUCCAUAAAGAUAUUGAGAAAGAUAAUGCCGGUCAGGUGACUCUUGUGCCAGAGGAGGCGGAGGAUAUGUGGCACACCUAUAACUUGCUCCAAGUGGGGGACAGUUUGAGAGCCUCAACCAUCAGAAAGGUGCAGACAGAGUCUACUACAGGAAGCGUGGGUAGUUCAAGGGUUCGGACUACUCUGACAUUAUGUGUGGAGGCUAUUGACUUUGACACCCAGGCCUGUCAGCUGAGAGUUAAAGGCACUAACAUUGAGGAGAACCAGUAUGUCAAGAUGGGGGCUUACCACACUAUUGAGCUUGAGCUUAACAGGAAGUUUACUCUUGCCAAAAAGAGCUGGGACAGCGUUGUGCUGGAUAGAAUUGAUCAGGCAUGUGAUCCAACCCAGCGGGCAGAUGUGGCAGCUGUGGUAAUGCAGGAAGGUCUGGCCAACGUAGUGCUGGUGACCCCAGCCAUGACCCUGCUUCGUGCCAAGGUGGAAGUCACCAUUCCUCGUAAGAGAAAGGGAAGCUGCAGUCAGCACGAAAAGGCUCUGGAAAGGUUCUAUGAGGCUGUGAUGCAGGCAAUUCUUCGCCACAUCAAUUUUGAUGUGGUGAAAUGCAUCCUGGUGGGCAGUCCAGGGUUUGUGAAGGACCAGUUUAUGACCUACCUCUUUAAAGAGGCAGUGCGACAGGACAACAAGGUCCUGCUGGAAAAUCGACCCAAAUUUAUGCUGGUCCACUCUUCAUCAGGUCAUAAGUAUUCCCUCAAAGAAAUCCUUUGUGACCCCACUGUGACAAGUAGGCUCUCUGAUACCAAGGCAGCUGGAGAGGUGAAAGCCCUUGAAGACUUCUAUAAGAUGCUUCAGCAUGAGCCUGAUAGAGCCUUCUAUGGACUUGCUCAUGUGGAGAAAGCUGCUGAUGCUCUCGCCAUCGACACCCUGCUGAUAAGCGAUAAAUUGUUCAGACAUCAGGAUGUUCCAACCAGGAGUCGCUAUGUUCGGUUGGUAGACAACGUUAGAGACAAUGGUGGCAAUGUCAGAAUAUUCUCAAGCCUUCACGUGUCUGGUGAACAACUGACUCAGCUGAGCGGAGUGGCUGCCGUCUUACGGUUUCCCAUCGCUGAUCUAUCGGAGGGCGAGGAGGAGAGCAGCUCAGAUGAAGACUGAUCCACACCAGCUGACUAGACUCUUAACUUACUGGGAGGAAAAGAACAGGAAGGUUAACUCAACACUGCAGUGAUUGUGUGUGUUGUUAAUCAAUGAAGCUGCUGUGCUGCUGUGCAGGUAUUCUACCUCUGCAACAUCUGCACUGCUAUGAAAUCAGUUUAACACACGUUUUUCCAGUGUGGCCAUACUUUCUCAUAAUUUGAUGCAGUUUUAAGUGCUUUGAUGGUUUUGGUUUGAAGGGGACUGUGUCUUUCAGAGGUGCAGGUUAUACUUGGAAGAAAGAAAAAAGAAAGGGAUUUCUGACAGGAAUAUUCCAUGAUAAGAAUGUAACAUUCAUUGCCAAAUUAUAAACUUUACAGGUUGCAAUAUUAGUGAUUUUUCUUUUUUUUUCUCUCUCUCUCUUUCAAGUGUAAAUAUACAAUUUAUUUUUCUUGCAAUUAAACAACAGGCAUGCAAACACA